AUGGACAAGAAGCACGAGGACGCUGGCGGCGUGGCGCAGAUUGACAAGACAUCCGUCUUCCAAGAAGCACGAGUAUUCAACCAGAGCCCUAUAUCGCCCAGGAAAUGUAGAGUGAUCCUGACCAAGCUGGCCCUACUGCUCUUCACCGGAGAGAGCUGGGGCCGGCAAGAAGCCACGACCCUCUUCUUCGGCAUCUCCAAGCUCUUCCAGAACAAGGAUGCCGCUCUCCGCCAGAUGGUCUACCUGGUCAUCAAGGAGCUCGCUGGCUCUGCCGACGAUGUCAUCAUGGUCACCUCUUCGAUUAUGAAGGAUACCUCGGUCGGCAGCGACGUCGUAUACCGCCCAAAUGCCAUCCGCGCCCUCUGCCGUGUCAUCGACGCUUCCACCGUACAAGCCAUCGAGCGUCUCGUCAAGACGUGCAUAGUCGACAAGAAUCCCUCGGUAGCCUCGGCCGCGCUCGUGUCCUCAUACCACCUCCUCCCUGUUGCAAAAGAUGUCGUUCGGAGAUGGCAGUCUGAAGCCGCAGAGGCAGCUUCUGGAAGCAAGUCGGGCGGUGGUUUCUUGGGUGGGUUUGGAGGAGGCUCGCAUACCACUCUGCAGGCCAGCACAAACUACAUGACACAGUACCAUGCCAUUGGUCUGCUAUACCAAAUGCGCUCUGGCGACAGGAUGAGCUUGGUCAAGAUGGUGCAGCAGUACUCGGCUGCAGGUGUGGUCAAGAGCCCUGCUGCCACCGUCUUGCUGGUUAGGUUGGCAGCUAAGUUGGCUGAGGAGGACCCAAAUCUGCGAAAGCCCAUGAUGCAACUCCUCGACGGUUGGUUGCGCCACAAGUCCGAGAUGGUCAACUUCGAGGCCGCAAAGGCCAUUACCGACAUGCGCGACGUUACCGAUGCCGAGCUCGUACAGGCUGUUCACGUGCUCCAGCUCUUCCUGACAUCCCCUCGCGCUGUCACCAAAUUCGCCGCUCUUCGCAUCCUGUCGCAAAUGGCAUCGUUCAAGCCGGACGCUGUUCGCUCGUGCAACCAGGACAUUGAAUCGCUCAUCACAAACUCGAACCGCAGCAUCGCUACCUUUGCCAUUACUACACUCCUCAAGACGGGCAAUGAGUCGUCUGUAGACAGACUGAUGAAGCAAAUCACAGGCUUCAUGGCUGAGAUUACGGAUGAGUUCAAGGUUACAAUUGUGGAGGCUGUGCGAACACUGGCUUUGAAGUUCAAGGCGAAGCAGUCGGGCUUCCUCGCCUUCCUUAGUGGCAUCUUGCGCGAUGAGGGUGGCUACGAAUUCAAGCGUGCUGUUGUGGAAGCCAUCAUGGACCUUAUCCGCUUCGUACCAGAGGCCAAGGAGGAUGCGCUUGCGACGCUUUGCGAAUUUAUCGAAGACUGCGAGUUUACGAAGCUCGCCGUCAGGAUUCUAUUCGUGCUUGGACGUGAAGGCCCUUCGACACCACACCCCACAAAGUACAUUCGUUACAUCUACAACCGCGUGGUUUUGGAGAAUGCUAUUGUUAGGGCCGCAGCAACCUCCGCCCUUGCCAAGUUUGGUGUUGGUCAGAAAGACCCAGAGAUCAAGAAAUCGGUGCACGUUCUCCUUACCAGAUGCCUCGACGAUGUCGACGACGAAGUCCGAGAUCGUGCUGCGUUGAACCUCCGAUUGAUGGACCAAGGUGACGACGACAUGGCUAUCAGCUUCAUUCGCAACGACUCCAUGUUCUCGCUGCCUGUUCUCGAGCAUCAAUUGGCCAUGUACGUUAGCUCCGACUCUCGCGACACCUUUGAGACCGCCUUCGACAUCACCAAGAUCCCAACAGUAUCACGCGAGCAAGCAGACGCAGCAGAUCUUACCAAGAAGACCGAAGGUGCUACACCAACUCUCAAAGCCCCCAGCGCCGCCAAAGCACCAUCAAAAGCCGGCGCAGAUGCUGCGGCCAAUGCAGCAAACAAUGCGCAAAAGUAUGCUGCGGAGCUACAAAAGAUUCCGGAACUGGCAGCGCAUGGCGGUGUACUCAAGUCGAGUGAUCCUGUCGAGCUUACCGAAUCAGAGACCGAAUACGUCGUUACCGCCAUCAAGCAUAUCUUCAAGGAUCACAUUGUCCUUCAAUACGACAUCAAGAACACUCUUGAUGACACCGUUUUGGUCGACGUUGAGAUGGUUGUCACACCAGAAGACGAUGGCGAUGUCCAAUUAGAAGAGGAAUUCGUUAUCCCAGCACCCAAGCUUGCCACAAACGAGCCUGGAACCGUCUACGUAUCCUUUAAGCGCCUGGAAACCGAGUCGCAAUUCAUCGCCGCUAGCUUCACAAACGUCCUCAAGUUCACAACAAAGGAAAUCGACCCCAGCACCAACGAGCCAGAAGAGGGCGAUGGCUACGCCGACGAAUACUCGGUCGAGGACCUUUACCUCACCGGCGCGGAUUACGUUGUUCCGGCGUAUGCUGGUAGCUUUGACAACGUGUGGGAUCAGUCGAACGGCGAUUCGGCAACUGAGACUCUACAGCUGGGUAACAUGAAGAGCAUAGCAGAUGCAACCGAACAACUCACAAAGACGCUCUCCCUCCAACCCCUCGAAGGCACAGACGUCGCUCUCUCGGCUUCAACACAUACGCUCAAACUCUACGGCAAGACUAUUACAGGCGGAAAGGUGGCGGCUAUGGUGCGGAUGGCGUUUAGUGCAAAGACUGGGGUUACGAUGAAGAUUGAUGUCAGGAGUGAGGAGGAGGGUGUUGCCGCCCUCGUUGUGGGUAGUGUGUCGUAG